GUGUACUUGUUAUCUGGAUUGGAAUUUUGUCUAACUCCCGCAAGAUCUAAUGCAGAACUCAGGAGGAAAUCAUCUGCAUCAUUUUUGUUUUCAUAAAUGGAAGUAUUCUCCGCAAAAUGGAUGACCGAAAUGAGAAUGGAUGAAUUUAACAACUUCAUCCACCAAUACAACGCCAACUCUCCUGAUAAUGGAGGACUAAUGACUGAAGAAAUUGCCACUGCACUGGGAGAGACUAAUAACAAGAACAGUAACUUGCCAAACUGUUUGUAUCCGAACCUUCAUCCUUCAUACCCUCCUUUCACUUCCCAGAACUCCAUCACCUCCACCACCACCACCACCACCACGACGUGCAGUGACUCGUCCAGCGAGAGAUCUUGGACCGGCCAUGAGAGGCCUGUCAAGCUCUUGAAGGCCAGCACCUGCGGUUCUUCCUCAUCCUCACACCUCGUUUCGUUCGGUACAUCGGCUUCAAUGGCCUCAAACCCGCAACAGCAAGUUUAUGGGAACUGCGCAACUCCCAAGAAAGAGGCAGCUCCUCAAGAGUACAAUAUGAAUUUCGGGUCUUUGAGCUCACCUGGUGUUUAUCCAAAUAACCAAAACUCCGGCCCAAAGUGCGGUCUGGGGAUUAAGAGAGCUUACCCUGUUUCAAGGACUCCAUCAAGUGCUCAAGACCAUAUUUUAGCUGAAAGGAGGAGGAGAGAGAAGCUUAGCCAGAGGUUUAUUGCUCUAUCUGCCAUUGUUCCAGGCUUAAAAAAGAUGGACAAGGCCUCUGUUCUUGGAGAUGCCAUCAAGUACUUGAAACAGCUUCAAGAACGCGUGAAGUCGCUAGAGGAGCAGUCCAAGAAGAAAACCGUGGAGUCGGUGGUCUUCGUGAAGAAGUAUCAGAUCAGCACCGACGAUGACAGUUCGUCUUGCGACGAGUCCUCGGAUGGUCAUCCUGCUGACCAAGCAUUGCCGGAGAUCGAAGCUCGGGUCGCGGACAAGGACGUGCUCAUCCGCAUUCACUGCGAGAAUCAGAAGGCUAUUGCAGCCAGAAUCUUUGGGGAAGUGGAAAAGCUUCACCUUUCCGUUGUUCAAAGCAAUGUCGUGAGAUUUGGCAGCGCCACUCUCGACAUCACCAUUGUUGCUCAGAUGGAUGAUGGGUUUAGCUUGACAGUGAAGGAGAUAGUGAAAAAUCUGCGGUCUUCCUUGUUGAAGUCCCGGUUCAAGUGAAGCUGUUGAAGUUCACUGUUGAUUCGUGUUGCUUCGUCCUCUGUAAAACCCAAUUUACCAAAGUUUUUAGUCGGUGAAGACUGUGAUUUUUUUUUCCUUUAUUCACUCUUCUUUUUGCGUGGUUCAUCAAUGUUUGUACGCCACGUUUGGUGGGCGAACCCAAGGAUGAAUCACGUUGAAUCCCAACAACUUGACUAUAUA